CCACACAAAAAACCCACAUUAACAAGAAAUAAACUUUUACACACACACACACACACACAUAUAGUUCUCUUCCUAGAACCAGAAUUCGAUUCUUGAAGCCCAAUUGAUCUUCUUUCCCGUCUUGCUGUCUCUCUAAAAUUACCAACUAAGGAUUGAUACUUUGAGUCAAGAAAAUCUUUGAAAGUUGAAUGAUUUAGUACUAGAGGGAGGUACGAUGAACGGGAGAAUUUGUCUUGACUCUCCUUCAAAUGAUAAUCUAGAGUUCCAAACUCAAAAAUUCCAUGCAGAUGGUUAUUGGACAUCAAAUUCUAUACCGUACUGGAUGAGUAGAUCGUCCACAGAUUCUGACAAUGAAGCUUCUCAUUUGCUCUCCAAUGAUUGUAGUACAUCUUCUCCACCCUCCUCAAGAUAUCGAGCAAUCGAAGAUGGUAGAAAGGUGCUCAUGGACCUGAUGGAGAACAUGCCCGAGUCAUCCUAUGAAUUGACCCUCAGAGACAUUGUAGAUGAGCAGCAAAACCUGGAAAAAGAGGCACGAAAGGAGACGAUGAUCGCGGAUAAACCUUUAGUCCAUAAGCCUCAUGAAGUCAAUCCGAAAAAGGAUAAAACUGCAAGCACUAGCAUGAACAGCAGAGUUUUCUUGUUAAAGAUGUUCAUCCCAGUUCCUUUUGCUUUGAAGGGAAAGGCAGUCAAGAAAAGAAGUUCCUCAAGGAUUAUUUCAUCUCCGUCAUUUGAUGGAUCUGAGAAACUAAUGGCUAAGGAUCGGUGCAAGAAAAGGAUGGCAUUUUCAGAGAAAAGGGAUAGAAAGAAAUGUGAUAGCAUCAGCAAAGGCAGGGAUGUUGAGACAACCUACGUAUCUUGUUGGCAGUUAUUCAGCAGGAAAAGCUCCAAACGGAGACCCAAAGAUUCCUGUUUGAUGGACAAUUAGAAGAUGUGUAUUAGCAUUGCAUAAUUGAGUCUAAUUCCUGUAUGGUCAAGUGGUAAUAAUUUACUUUGAUUUGCACUGAACGUGUGCGUCAAAUGUAUAAAACUUCUGCACUUUAAGGACAUUGGAAUUAGAGUCAAGUGGUGUAAUAUAUAUUUUGCACUAGCAUUAGCUAGGGAAGUAAUGUGUGUCUUGCAUCAAUGUUAUUUCAGAGAGUAAUUGGGAAUAUAGAUAUAUGAUUGUCAAUUGCUAGACGCAAA